AUGGACGACAGUGAAGUAAAAAUGGAAGAUGUAGUAGUUAUAUUGGAUAACGAAGAUCAAGAAAUUACUACAGCCAACAAUAACAAAAAAAAAAGAAGCACUAUCGCAUCUACAAAUCUCUAUAAAGAUCGAAUAAAUGGAGUUGCACAAAAAAAACCAAUUCGACCUUCGAUUUCUCCAGUUACACCAUCUAAUACUCCAUACGUUUCGCAAACAUGGAAAGAAUAUUAUGAACAAAUGAUGAAAAGUAAAGAACAAACAAAAAUCAAUUUGGAAUGGCUUGACUUAUCUAGUAGACUUCAACAAACGUAUACUGUAUAUAUACAAGAGAAGAGUAAAACAUAUGUAUUUGAAAGUGAAAGAAAUAAGGCUAUUAUCAAUAUUUUAAAAGAAUCGAUUCCUGAAGAACAUAAUUCAGAAAAAAUGCGUUGGAGAAGGGUUUAUGAUUUACUUUUAUCAUUAGUAGUUAGUGGUGAUAAACUAAAAAUUCCUUUUGAAUUGUAUCAUAAAAUGUUAAGAGAACUGAACAUGACGAUUAAUUAUUUGCAGUCAGUAGAUAAAGAUGAAUUUGAGGACUUUAAAAAUUAUUUUUUGAACAAUUGUAGCAAAAUGAUAGGUGAGUAA